AUGGAAACCUGGCUCCUCCUCAUCCUCACCACCCUCCUCCUCUCCUUCCUCCUCUCCCUCCUCCUCACCACCACCAAGAACCUCCCGCCGGGACCCACCACCAUCCCCAUAAUCAUCAGCUUCCUCUGGCUCCGGAAACCCUUCUCUGACCUCAAGCCCAUAAUUCGAACAUUCCAUGCCCGCUUCGGCCCAAUCAUCUCCCUCAAAAUUGGUUCCCGCCCCGCCAUAUUCAUCUCUAGCCGCUCCCUGGCCCACCAGGCCUUAAUCCAAAACGGCGCCGUCUUUGCCGACCGCCCCCCGGCAUUGGCCAUCAACAAAAUCAUCACCUGCAACCAGCACAACAUCAGCUCCGCAGUCUACGGCCCCACGUGGCGCCUCCUCCGCCGUAACCUCACCUCCGAAAUCCUCCACCCUUCCCGCGUCAAAUCCUACGGCGCCGCCCGCAAGUGGGUCCUCAACGUCCUCGCCAACCGCCUAACGAAAUCCCAAUCCAAAUCCGAUAAAGGAGUAGAAGUCAUUGACCAUUUCCGGUACUGCAUGUUCUGCUUGUUAGUGCUCAUGUGCUUCGGAGACAAACUCAACGAGUCUCAGAUCAUAAAAAUCAAAGAGGUCCAACGAAAAUUGCUGCUUGGAUUCAGCCGGUUUAACAUACUUAACUUCUGGCCUUCAUUCACUAAAAUCAUUCUCAAGAAAAGAUGGGCGGAGUUCUUCCGGUUACGUAAGGACCAAGCAGAUGUGCUUCUUCCUCUGAUUCGAGCACGAAAGGGCGCAAAUAAGAUAAAAAAGAAUGAUGGUUAUGUUCUUUCUUAUCUUGAUACGCUCUGGGAUCUCGAGCUUCCUGACGAGAAGAGGAAGUUGACAGAAGAGGAGAUCAUUAGCCUAUGUUCAGAGUUUCUCGACGCCGGAACAGAUACUACUUCCACCUCACUGCAGUGGAUCAUGGCCAACAUAGUGAAGUAUCCAGCUAUGCAGGAGAGGCUUUUGGCAGAGAUUAAAGGGGUUGUGGAGGAAACAGAGGAAGAGGUGAAAGAGGAGGACUUGCAGAAGAUGCCUUAUUUAAAAGCUGUGAUAUUGGAAGGAUUAAGGCGUCACCCUCCAGCUCAUAUCGUGGUGCCGCAUUCCGUCACGCACGACGUUGUUUUUGAAGGUCACGUGGUGCCGAAGAACGGGACGGUGAAUUUCAUGGUGGCGGAUAUGGGUUGGGAUCCGGAAGUGUGGGAGGAGCCUAUGGAGUUUAAGCCGGAGAGGUUUUUGAGUAAGGGAGAAGGAGAAGGAGUGGAUAUAACGGGGAGUAGAGAGAUUAAGAUGAUGCCGUUUGGGGUUGGGAGGAGGAUUUGUCCUGGACUGGGUUUGGCUACGCUUCAUUUAGAGUAUUUUGUGGCUAAUUUGGUUUGGAGAUUUGAAUGGAGAGGUGUGGAGGGAGAGGAUGUUGAUUUUGCAGAGAAGCAACAGUUCACUAUGGUCAUGAAGAAUCCAUUGAAGGCUCACAUUUCACCAAGAGUGAAGAAAUGAAUCAAAGGGUUUUGGGUUUUAAUGUACAUAUAUAUUUAGUGAGAUGCAUGCCUCGAUUAAGUUAGUCUGCUUUUAUCGAGAUGUUUAUGCAUCACCUAGGGAGAUUUGAUUUUGUUCACAAGUAGUAUCAUUGUUUCAAUUACUGAUCAAGUCUCACAGCUUUGUCACUCUUACCAAUUUAUUUAUUUG